UCCUCCUCCAUCCGCCGUCCGGCGCGCCGCAGCUGGCUUUGCUCCGCCGCUUCGCCUCCUGGCUGCCUGUCAUCACCACCUCUUCUCCCUCGUUUCCCUCUUCCAACAAGUGAACCAUCAACCUCGUACGGAGGAGAAAUAGAGAUGGUGCUGCGACGGGCGGCCGUAGAAUCCCCGAAGAAGGUGGCGGCUCUGGUCGACCUGGUGAAUCUGCCAACGGCGCUGCGUGAGUUCGCAGGGGGCCGGUCCCAGAUGUCCCACCUCUCCUUCUUCCUCGGCGUCUGGUCACACAUCAAGAACAACAACCUCCAGGGCCCAACAAAUAGGAAUAUUGUAAACUGUGGCAAGAAGCUGAAAACUGUAAACUGUUUCAUUGACUGGACAUCUAACAUAAAGAACCAGGCAUUGUUCUUUUUCCACAUAGCUGGAUGUGGUGAUACAAUUGGACCCGACAAAUAGGAAUAUUGUAAACUGUGACGAGAAGCUGAAAACUGUACUAUUGGGCAGGUCCAAGGUGGAGCUCUCUGAACUGCCAGUGCUUGUCAAGCUACAUUUCCCAAAAGUUUUCAAGUCAUAAAAAUACUCUCUGUAUUUCUCGCAAACUGUAUUAAGUUACACCCUCUGUUUAAUGAAAUUUCUCGCAAACUGGUCUGAAUUC